AUGGUGCAGAUUAUUAAAGACAUGAAUGAAUUCAACACAUUUUUGAAAGCUGCUGGGCAGAAACUUGUGGUGGUUGAAUUUUCAGCAAAAUGGUGUGCUCAUUGCAAAAAAAUGUAUCCUAUUUUUCAUGGCUCCGUCUCCAGGCCUAGACCAGUCAGUUAACUCCAUCCCCAUCAGGAAUGGGUUCUUGACUUCAGUCAAGCCAAUCCACGCCAAACCAGAGCUAAUUCCAGGGCUUUGCUAGGGUGACUAGGUAGAGCCUUCUCUUUUAAUGUCAAUGAAUUUGAAUUUGGGAAGAUAAGGGGCUGA